AUGAAAAAGAUUUUGUUGUUCGCAAUUUUCUUUGCUCAAAAAGCCUUUUCUCAAGAUACAUGGGACUGGGUGAGGAUAGACUGUGGAUCAGACACGAGCUAUAAAGAUGCAAAUGGGGACACUUGGAAGACAGACGAGGAUUUCAUUAAGACAGGUAACAAUGAACGGGUUCCUCAAAACAUCGCUUCCAAAGUAGAGCAACUGAACACGCUGCGUGUCUUCAAGGAACAAAACAAGAAUUGUUACACUUUGCCUACACCUACAUCAACCAGAUAUCUUGUGAGAGCUAUGUUCCUGUAUGGCAACUAUGAUGGCCUCUCCAAGCCACCAACCUUUGACCUUCAGUUCGAUGGAAACAAAUGGGCUACUGUUGUGACUACCAUGACUAAUUUCACCUAUUAUGAAAUGAUUUACGCAACCAAGGGGGAAAGCAUUAGUGUUUGUCUAGCUCGAACUCAAGAUCAACAGUUCCCCUUCAUUUCCAGCUUGGAAUCCUUGCCAUUGCCUGCUGAUAUGUACGCCCAGAUGAGAAGGGAUAUGGCUUGGUUCAAUAGCUAUCGCUACAAUUAUGGAGCCAAUGAUUGGAUUCUUGGGUAAGACAUUACACUUAACAUGGAAGGAGAGAACCAAAUUUGGGAUCUUAAAUGUGUUAGCAUUUGAGAUAGAUCUAUAGACCUUGAAACAAUAUCUAGCAUAACUUGUGCUAUAUAUCAGGUACCCUGAUGAUAAAUACAACCGCAUAUGGGAGCCCCUGAUUCCAUCGGGCCUGGAGCCAGUAACUGCAAAUUUCACUUCCCUUGAAGUUACAUCCGUUAAUGUCCCUCCGGAUUCUGCAAUAAUCGAAGCAGUUCAGGCUUCAAGUUCAACAGACAAAAUUGACUUGAGUUUCACUUUUGGCAAUGUAAGCCACCUUGACCAUGUGGAAAUGUACUUCACUGAACCAUUUCUGGAAAAUGGUGCUACCAGAUCAUUCAAUGUAAUUGUGAACAAUGAUUUCGUAAAUUCUACCAGCCCAGAAUAUCAGAAAUGUCUCAGCAUAUGGGCAAAUGCCCUGUCUCUCGAUGCUUUGAAUGUUCAGCUAGCACCAACUGAUGAUUCCACAUUGCCUCCAAUAAUAAGCGCCAUAGAAGUUUACACUAUUAGUGAACCUCUUGUCACUGCAACUACAUCACAAAACGACUGUAAGAUGCAUUUCCCCUAAAAUUUUCUUCUCCUCCAUCUAAUAUUUAUUUUUUUUGGUUUAACUUAAAGAUGGUGUUUGUUAAAAAGUGGAUGGAUUAGGAGAGUUCGUUGACAACUUUGAACAGCUGAAGGGAUGGAGCGGGGAACCUUGUCUCCCUAAUGACACCAUCUGGCAAUGGUUAAACUGCAGCGGCGAUCAACCUCCAAGAGUAACUUCAAUGUAUACUUACUUUACCAACUGCCAUAUAUAUGUCACCCUGAGAUUGAAGCAUGCUCCCUUUUAGACCAAACAACUUGAUUGUCCUGAAGACAAAUCUCUGCCAGUAUCCAUUUUGCUGUCAACAUUUCUGGCCUAGAUAGAAAGUUCCUUGACCGAAACGGAAAAUGCCACAAUUCCAGGCUGCAAACUUCUCUUACACCUAAGACUUAAAUGCAAAUUUAGUUCAUAAACACAAAAUACUACCUGCAAUGUUAAAUGUGAUAGGUUCAAUAGCGUGAGAUAACUGUUAACUCUAAGCAAAAAUUUUAUAAUGUUACAGAUAUCUCUCUGGAUAUGGUCUCCAAGGUUCUCUCCCAGAUUUCAGCCAAAUGGAUGCCCUUGAAAUAAUGUGAGCUAUUUAACCAUUCACCACAACACCUUAAAAACAUAAUCCUCUGCUUCUUUUAAGCUAAUACAUUUGUGUUGUUUCCUUCUUUGUAUCAGAGAUCUGCAUAAUAACAGACUUAAUGGCGAAAUUCCAGAAUUUCUUGGAAAGCUGCCUAACCUACGGCGACUGUCAGUAAUUAACCUGUUCAAUACAUCCGUAGUUAGUAACAAUGUAAAGUACUUCUAUAGUAAUCUGAAUUCUCAACUAAAUCAUUUUUUUCCUUUUCUUUUAUAUUUCUCAGUGACCUCCGUGAUAAUGAUUUUUCUGGCAAUGUUCCAGAAACUAUAACUGAUAACAGGCAAAUCAAAUACAUGUAAGCAUGCUCAUCAUUGGCUCUACUUUUGAGUUCAACCUUUGCUACUUUUAAAUCUUACCAUUGUUCCCUUUAUGUCUGAGCAGGAUAGAUGGGAAUGAGAAUUUAAAUCACCGAAAAAACAAAAAGGCUGAGAAAAUUGUGGCCUAUGUCCUUGCAUCAGUAAUAGGAGUGUUUAUUGGUUUUUACUGUGUUGGGAAAUAUUAUGAACAAAGACAAACUCCUCAAACUCAAGGACAAAUAGCACAAGUCAGAGUGGAGAAUACUCCAGAACCAUGGCCAACCUCUCGAGAACGACUGGAGGUUACAGUGCGGGAGACUGUGGAGGUAAAUCACGUCAACAUGAGAAGAU